AUGGCCUUCCGUAAACGCAACGUUGGCCUCUCACGUCCCGAAUUAACAUCGCAAUCCUCGGCCGCUCCAGACCCAAUCCCAGGUCUCCGUCCGUCGCCCAUCGACGGCCGCCCCACGACUUCGACUGGCACGCCGAGCCUUGACGGCAUCUUGGCUGGCCAUGCCGGCCUCGCACUCGGGAGCUCGCUUUUGCUAGAGGAAUCUGGAACGACGGACUAUGCAGGCAUGUUGCUGCGGCUCUACGCCGCUGAGGGCGUGGUGCAGGGGCACAAGGUGCAUGUGGUGGGCGUUGGAGAGCACUGGGGCAGGGAGCUGCCUGGGGUCGUCAUUGGGAGGGAAAGCACGGAUAAAGAAAAGAGGCCAGGGGAGGACAGGAUGAAGAUUGCAUGGAGGUAUGAGCGGUUGGGGGAGUUUGGGGCAGGCCGAGAAGGGAGUCGAGCAAAUCGUACACCUCCAGCUUCAGAGGCAGCUGCGAAUACUCUGUCGUCAAUGGAGCCGCCGACCUUCUGUCACACCUUUGACCUGGCUAAGAGGCUCACGUUUCCCGUGGGUUCCUCGAUAAACUUCAUCCCAAUACCAGCAACGACCCCCUCUCCGUUUGUAUCAAUCCUCCAGAGUAUCAGCGAUCAACUCUCCUCUGGCCCAGGAACCACAAUCCACCGACUGGUCGUUCCGAGUCUCCUCUCUCCAGCUCUCUAUCCUCAAACAGCUUCUCAACCAUCCCAUGUCCUCCAAUUCCUACACGGGCUUCGGGGCCUACUUCGCACGUAUUCCACGCGCCUCACAGCUGUCCUCACCCUUCCGCUAGAGCUCUACCCCAGGAUGUCAGGUUUGGUGCGCUGGAUGGAGCUGCUUAGCGAUGGUGUGCUGGAGCUAACACCCUUUCCACACCUCGCAGACACCCUGUCUGCUUCUGGGGCCGCAACUGCACAGGAAGAGCGGCCACAAGGCAUGCUGAAGAUCCACCGGCUGCCAGUAUUCCACGAAAAAGGAGGUGGAGGAGGCGGAGGCGGAGGACUGGGAGAUGAUCUUGCGUUCACGGCGAGUAGGCGGAAGUUCGUGAUCGCCAAGUUCAGCUUGCCACCUGUUGAAGGAGACCAGGAGGGACAAGCUGGAGCGCUUGGCGCAGAGGUCAACCAACCCCAAACAUCCAACACUAUGGCCGACAUCUCGGUGCCAGAGCCGUUCCCCAUCUCCCAGAUCGCGAACCGCUUCCUCAUCUUCGAUGUCGACGCUGUCACCUACGCUCGGCGCGAGUACAACAUCACCGGCGUUUUCGUAGGAACCAUCGCGCACAUGUCGCAGCAAAAUGUCUUCCUUGGGAUUCCCCUCGAACUGAUGCCUGAAGAGGCUCGACUGCUAGUGGAGCAAGGACACGCAUACAUUGUCCACGAUGUGGACGUACAUAAAAACGGUUUCUUGGAAAUGAGCAGGGAAGACAGGCUAGCUUUCCUGCAAGCUAUGGACAAGCAAGGCAUGGACGCUGCGCUGAACAACCAAAAAAAGGCAGAGGAGCGGUCAGAGAAGGCCCUCCAAAGGAAAGGACUCGCGCGUAAAGUGCAAGAAAAUGCCGCCAGACGUGCUUCAGAGGCCCUCGAGUCGAGUAAAUCAGCCACGCCCACAGAGCCAGAUGCGGACACCGCUCUGUUCGACUCUCCGCCUCGACCAGCCUCGCCCGCAUUAUCACUGGCUUCUAAUGCAUUAGACCCCUUCUUUGUCACGCCCACAACCUCGUAUCCGCCUUUGCCAACCCCGCCGAUGAGUCCCACCACUCCGUUGCCGCACGUACCGCGCACCUAUCCGCUUUUUGCAUAUCUCCAUUCUAAAGGCUAUUUCAUGACCCCAGGUCUACGAUUUGGUUGCAACUACACCGUCUACCCGGGUGACCCGCUCCGGUUCCACAGCCACUUCCUUGCGACGGGGCUAGACUGGGAUGAGGAGUUCGACCUGCUGGAUAUUGUUGGUGGUGGGAGAUUGGGCACUGGGGUUAAGAAGGCAUACUUGAUUGGCGGGGCUGAUUCGUCUACUAAAGCCUUGAAUGAUAGGGGCUCUGGGCGCCGCGCAGAAGAUGGUAUUCGUACCUUUUCUAUCGAAUGGGCAGGGCUUUAA